GAUAUCAUGAAGCAGCGCGUCGUUUCAGCGUCCUUCGAUAACGCCACGGCCGAUUCCGUCCGCGCUUUCGCCGAGAAGGGGGCCGAGAGCUUCGAUGAUCCUGGUGGUGCCUUCGCGAGUAUCCAGGCGUCGUUGGAGAAGCAGAAGGCUUCGAUCAGCCUGAGUGCGAAGGUCACGCAGUAUGCCGAGGUGGCGUCCAACUGGGCGCGCGCCAACCGUGGGAAGGAGAGCAUCGAGAGUGCCGACGCGCUGAACCAGGUGACGAACCUCGCCAAGGGCCUCGAUGGCAUGUACUUGUCGGAUGCGGAUUCGGCAACUCGGGAGACAGCGGCGCUCGAGGUGCUAACGAUUCUCAAUGAUAUGCUGUGCGGCAGUGCUACCAACACGUAUUCGGCUUCGGUGGCCGAGUUGAAGGAGGUCGCCACGAUCGCGAGCGCCUGCAAGACGCUGCGGUCUCAGGUGCCAGACGAUGAGGGCAUGGAGAAGUUGUCAUUCGUCAUCUUGUUCACCGAGAACCUGGACCUUGCCGAUUCCCUGCUGAAGUAUAUGUCCUUGCCUGAUGGCGCUGCCGCGCGGGUCAAGGCGGACAAGACCCUGGCGAUCACCCAGGAGGCGGUGGCGGCGUUCGACAGUCUUCUUAAGGCCGCGGCUGGCGCGGCCUCGACUCGCCUGGAGCAGUGGCAGGUCGCCUUGCGGUGCCGCUUGACGGCUCAGGCGGAGAUCGGCCUGCCAGCGAGGCGCCAGAAGCUCGACGAGAGUGCCAUCCCGAUCGAGAGGUUGCAGUUCGGGACUGCGCGUGGCGAGCUCUGGUCAGGGGGGCUCGCCGCGGACGCUGAGCUCGACCAGCUGCUGGCGCACGCGACGGACUCGAUCCUGGCGGACUACGCGGCCCCGCUGACGGUGAAGAACCACGCGGUCACUCUCUCGACCAGGGAGACGGAGUGGACUGCGGCGGCCAAGCUGUACCAGCAGCACGACCAGACGGUGACGGAGCAGUACCAGAAGAUGGUCAUGCACACGAAGGUGCGCGUGUCGGAGGCGACGUGCCUCAUGGCACUGAAGGAGUUCUCUGGCCGCCCGAUGAAGCUGAAGCGGCUCUUGAGCUCGGAGCGCGAUGAGUUGGCGGCCAGCGGGUGGUGGGAGCACGUGCAGCCGGCCCUGCGCGCCCAGGUCGAGGACGCCACGAAGUGGAGUCGCAAGGCUGCUGGUGCGGGUGAGUCCUAG